CGAAGCUUUCGUUGUGAUUGUCGUACCGACCAUUAUAACUGUUCAAAGCUGCUUCGGGUCUUCUGCCGCAGGGGUGCCGUCCUGGAGCGCCUGAGCAAUGCGCUCCGACGGCCGCUUCAGCAAGCAGAAGGUGGUGCUGUGAUGGUUGUUGGUGGUGUUGUGCGUUCGUGGUGGGCUCCACCGAGCACACUUGCGGCCUGGGAUUGCUUGCAGCACGCCCUCCGGCCUGCCGCCUCCAUGGGGCGUCCCUCCUGGACAGCCUCCGAGCCCUCGCUGCUCAGCGCGCGGCACGCCAGUUGCUGGCCUCCUCCCCCCCUCCCUCUGGGCCCCGCGAACGAACGCCCAGAAGAGGCUCUGCAUUCGUUCGCCAGUGCGGCCGAGCUUUGA